UUUUCUAUUUCAAGUGGAUUUAGACAUACAUUUUGCAUAUCGCUGAUGUUUUUAUCAGAGUAUUAAUAAAAUGCAAUGUUUAGUUUGCAAGGAACAAGAAUUUACCUUUAGGAAACUUAUAUUGGUAUUGGCGACAUUUUUAUAUAAUAUAUCAAUAUCUGAAAUUGUGUGAAUACAUGUUUUUAUCAUUUAUUUUAUAUAUUAGUAACGAUAUGACUGAAUAUUUUGAAUAUAAAUAAUGUCGAAACGACAUGAUUACGCCAUCGAUGUAGAAGAAAUCGACGAAAGCUGCUUCAGUCUGCACUAUAAAUUCACGUUAACAUUUGUCUAUAUAUCAGUGUUCUUUUAUCCGUCGAAUUUCAUUGAUUAUUUGUGCAGUAUUCUUGUGCUUGAGAUGAAUAUCCAUUUAUAAAACUACGAAUUUUGCACAAUUUAUACAAAUUUGUAAUGAUAAUAGUCAAGUGAUAACAAGCAAUAAAAAAAAUUCUUUUUUUGGAAUUAUUUAGUUUUUUCAUUGUUAGUAGCACAGUUUUCAUAAGUUUUAAUGAUAAAAUUACUCUUUUAUUACAAGAGAAUAAUUCAAACUUACGCUAUAAUAAAAUUUAUUAUACAAAUAAAACAUCUUUUCUACAACUCAAAAUUAAUUUUAUAAUUGAUAUAUUAAAUGUUUGCUGCUAACUUAUAAUAAGAAAGUAAACGAUUGUAUUAUGUACUAAAAUAUCGCAUUAUGUCGCAACGGCAACUUACAUUUAUUUUGUGUGUCUGCGUAAACUUUACCACGUUACUUUCCGCACAAAUUCAUAAAUGGAAUAAUGACAACAGCAAGAAUAAUUAUAUGCUGCCUGGUUAUGCUGUUGCUGCAGUAGCUUUGGGCCUUCUUAACUCAACGUUAUGUGAAAAGGAAUUGUUAAAUUUCCGGGAUGCUGUCGACCAACGAGUACUCUGGAGUUUGAGAAUGUUGGAUUCCAGCGGCGAAUUUCAAUCAGGUUUUCUUGGUGGAAACACUUAUUGGCUAGGGAGUCAAAGCCAGUGCUUUGAUACAAUGAAUAUUACUCCUCUACAACUUUCAGAGCGACUUUUAUUAAACAAUACGUUGUAUCGGGACCCGCAAAAAGAAUUUCCGCCUUUCAAAGUGAAUUACUUUGCUGCCCACUUUAAACACAAUAGUACUCUUCAGUACCACAUAAAUCUGCCUAACGAAAAUGUGAUAACACUUGGACUCUGUUUACCAGCAUCAUGCUCUGUGAAUGAUAUAAGUUUAAUUCUAAAAAGGAUAUUCCGCGAUAGAGUUCUUCUAAUUAAUGACCUAUAUUCCAUAGACUUUGAGCUGAUUCAGGUUAAAGAUUUAAAAAACAAUUAUAAAUGGUUCAUUAGUGGAGCCAUACUUGUUAUUUGCGUUAUUUUAGUGCUUUCAAUUUUUAUGGUGAUAAUUGGAACGUUGUAUGAUAUACUCAUAAGUCAGAAAUAUUUAAAUAAGAAGAAUAAAAUCGACACUAAUGGGAAAAACACAAUUCAGAUAAUGGAAAUGGAAGCGGAUUUGUCUUUGCAGGAAAGUAGAAUUGGAAAAAUCUUAAUGUGUUUCUCCGUUUACGCAAACACAAAAGUGAUAUUUAACACAAAAUCGCAUCCCGACACUGUGCCCGUUAUUCACAGCUUAAAAUUUCUGAGUAUGUGUUGGUUAAUCAUGGCCCAUACCGCAACUUAUAUAAUAGACUACAUCGACAAUAAAAUAGUAGGCUGGAAAAUAAGCUCUGGUUUUGGCCCUCAAAUAUUAAGCAACGCAACUUUAGGAGUCGACACCUAUUUCUUCUUAAGUGGAUUUUUAGUGGCCUAUUUUUAUAUAAAGGAUAAAUUGGAUAAAGAUCGAAUACAACCAUUCACUUACAGAGCAAAGAUAAAUGAAUUCAUCAUCCUUGUAACAAGAAGAUUUAUUCGGCUGACUCCGGCUUAUAUGGCGGUAUUAGCAAUAUCACAAUUAAUAUCGACUUGGUUCGAUAAGACUUCACUAUUUUAUAUAUAUGAAAGGCCACAUGAAACUUGCUCUAAGUACUGGUGGAGAAAUCUUAUCUACAUAAAUAAUCUGUUCGGUUUAAAAGAAAUGUGUAUGAGUUGGAGUUGGUACCUGUCCGCCGAUAUGCAAUUUUUUAUGAUCGCUGUGGCUCUGUUAAUUUUGUCAACAAUUUAUUUUUAUAUAGCUGCAGCUAUAUUGAGUGCACUUUUAAUAGGUUCAAUUGUCCUUAGCGGUUAUCUUUCAUAUAUUUAUGAAUACGUCCCGACAUUAGAUGAACAAUAUAGGCUUAUAGAUGUAUUAUACUUCCCAUCAUGGACUAGAAUAAGUCCAUACAUUGUCGGAAUGAUUACUGGUUAUGUUUUAACGCAAUUAAACGGAAAGUUGGUUUUAAAACGGAGAACUGUGAUUUUAUGUUGGUGCCUUGGUAGUGCUUGUAACAUUGUCGUAUUAUUUGGCAUUUAUAAGCGACACAUACCUGUUCUACCUACCGCUAUUUAUAUUGCAUUGCAUAGAGGCAUUUGGGCCCUAGGUAUAGCAUGGAUCGUAAUGGCGUGUCUUACUGAACAUGGCGGUAUCGUUUGCCGGUUCUUAUCAUUCAAAGGUUGGGCUCCUUUUAGUAGAUUAUCAUAUUGCGCUUAUCUCUUAAAUCCUAUAAUCAUACACUCACUUAGGCUGCAAAGCGAAACGUCUGUUCAUUUCAGCUUAUCGUCUUUGACUGUCUUGUUUAUAGGACACUUUAUAAUUAUUUAUUUUUCCUCUUAUAUAUUGUCAUUAAUAGUUGAAACACCAUAUAGCCUACUGAUGCGAAAAAUCAUGCAAACUCGCAGCAGAAGAAAGUACAAGUGGCGUAACAGUGAAAAAUUGUAAUAUAUUGAUAUAAAUAUCUUAAUUAAUUACUCAUGUCUGGAGAUUACGUUUUAAAUAAAAUAAAAUAAAUUUUUAACUAUCCAAA